AAGUAGUUCGAAUGUCGUUUAAAUCAUCUGAAACUUCGGUUUGAAUGAAAAGUGACUUUUGAUUUUUCUUAAAAAAAAGAAAAUAAAAUAGAAGUAAAAUGGAAAUUAUUUGUGAGCAAUUAAAUAGUAUUCUGAAGCCGCAAAUUCGAGCUAGUAAAAUUAAAUUAUCAUAUGUAGACGAAUUAUUUCCAGACCUCAAAGACAAAGAGUACAUCGUUUUUCAUAAAAAUAAUUCCAAAGGACAAUGUUCAGAUUAUCAAAACAAAGACAGAAGUCUCAUUGAAUACUCAAAACUUGAUGUCAGUGGAUCUCCCUUGGAAUAUUCUUUUGAGAAGGAUGAAUUUGAAGACACUAUUAUUGUAACAAAACAGAUGUGGAAAAAAGAAGAAGAGUUAUAUCUACCAUUGAGCAGAGCUAAUGCAUGCAACGCACUGAACAUGUGUCUGGACCAAGUUGAUAGUAAUACUUGUUUGUCAAUAUUAGCUCUUUGUGAUGGAGAAGACAGUAAACAAACUUUGCUUCUUGGUGUCAUUGUUUCUGAAAAUUGGUUUACCAGCAUAGAUGUCAUUUCUACUGGUGCUACAAGCUUGGUCACGGCAAAAAAUAAUUGUGUUAACAGUAUCAAAAAUCAUUUCAAGCAGUCAUCUUCUCAAGAAUAUCCUGUAAACAUAUCAAUGUUCAUCAGUUUUGACUUAUUUGGAAUCAAGCAGGAAAUGAUAGAUUGGGACAAAAUUUCCAAAAAUAACUACGAAGGAAGUAUUAAUGUGCAAGUAUAUUCAAACAAUCUAGAAUUGGAUCUAAGGCAAUCGAAAAAUAUUAUGACAGUUGAAAUAAAUACCGAAUGGAAGAAUAGUUCUUUAACAGAAAUACGAGACCAAUUGCUCUUAUUGAUGAAAUAUUUAUCGAUAAUAGACGAGUGCAACAACAAUAUUGGCAGGCUACAAGAUCCAAUAAGAUUUGCUGUGCCAUGUGUUCAGGAAUACAAUGUUAUAUGCGAAAAAUUAAAACUUUUGCUGAAUGGAAAUUCUGACUUUAAAUUAGUUGAUAAUAAUCGUGUCAAAGAUGUUGAUUGUAUAAAUAAAAAAGAAAAUGUUGAAAUUGACGUUAAGCUUCGAGAACGCAUACAAAAUGUCUAUAUGAGACAUGAUGUAGAUUUUACCGAUCUUCUGUGGGAGAUACUCAUAAAGACGUCAGAAUAUUCGCAAAUGGUGAGGUGUUUUGAAACAGUUCUAAAAGAAAUUCUUCAACAUACAUUUACGCCACAUGCCAAUGAUACAAAUUCAACAAGGUUUAUAAAACACGUUUAUGAUUUACGUCAUCGAGAAACCACAUCCUAUUUAUUAGUAGGAAGCGUACCACUGGAACUUGUUGUCGAUAUGGGAUUCGAAAAACUAAUUCGAGAUUAUCAAUAUAUUUUAAAAGGAGCGCAAUUUGUUGAUACACACGAUGUUCGGAAAAAAUUAGCUGAUAUAUCUUCUGGAACCUUCAGCACAGAGAAAUAUAGAAAAAAACUAAACAUUUUGGCACAAAUUCACGUCAGUUUGGAAUGCAUGCUGCUUAUUGAAGAACACAUGGAAUAUUGUCCGAUCGAAAGCUUGCAAAGAUUGUUUGCUGAAAUCUUCAAACAAUUUGUUUCCGAACAAUCUACCUUACAAGAUUGUACCGAGCUUUGCAGUCGGAUCUUUACUUUUACGACGUCUCUUCCCACAAUCGUAGCUAAUGAAUUAAAUAAAAUAGAUCCUUCUGUACAGAGAGUUUGUGUUUCAUCCAAUUUUUCUACAGCAAUGUUAACGACUACCACGUAUUAUAGUAAAAUGCCUAUUUUUCCAAUGUAUAAAUAUCCUACAGACGUUAAUGCACAGGAAGAAGUGGUUUACGGCGUAAGUGCAACAUCAUCAUCGAUAAGAUUUAAGAAGCUGGACGAAGUAUAAACAAUGCAACACAUCGAAAUAACGUGUAAAAUAACUGCGUUCAAACCAGCGCAACGUCGUGAAAAUAUAUGACAAUAUGACAUU